UGCUCUGACAGAGCUGGAGCAGUCUAUUAAGGGAGAAAAACAUGACAGUGCAUCAAAAUGAUGACAUCUACACUUGUGUUAUAGUUAUUACCAGAAAUUAAAAGGUCACGGUCUUGAGUUAAUAAUGGCGAGGUCUUGAGACAGGUUUUCUAUCUUUAGCCGUUUAUGAAAAGAACACUAUUUUAUUGCAUGUGACAGUAAUUAACUGGCAGCAUUUCUCCACGGUAAUUAACUGCUUAUUCACUGGCUGUCUAGUCAAAUAUUAUAGAAAAUAUAUCAUUUCGAAAUAUGUUCAGUAUUUAUAAAUACACCUGAAAAGUCACACCUCACUUUCCUAUUAAUGGAAACAAAAACACAUAAUAAAAUGAUGUAGAUGCAGAUCAGGAUCUCAGGGGCUUUGACUGUAGCAUGGUUGUUAUUGGUUUGAUUACAUUUACAUUUACAGCAUUUGUAUUUUAACUUACACAUUUCAGCAGUUGAGGUUAAGGGCCAUGCUCAAGGCCUCAGCAGUGGUAGUUUGAUAUGAACAAUCUUCCAGUCAGAAGUCCAACAUCUUAACCACUGAGCCACCACUCAGAGGAGGUCAGAGGAGAAUGGCCAGACUGGUUCGAGCUGACAGGAAGGCUACCGUAACUCAAAUAACCACUCUUUACAACCAUGGCACACAGAAAAGCAUCUCAGAGUGCAGAAACCUUGAGAUGUAUGGGAUGGGUUGCAACAGCAGAAGACCAUCUCCAUCCAGGAAUCUGAGGCGACAGGCUCACUGAAUCUAGACAGAUGAAGAUUUGUGGGCUUUUUACUUUGCGGCCAGUUUUGAUGAACUUCUACAGUACCUACUGUAGCUGAAGACUCCUGUUCUUGUUUAGACGCCAAACACCUGUUGUCCGAUUUGGAUCCUACUCAAGCCACACACAGAUAAGCAGGAGCCACAUUAUGUCAUUAAAUUAUGGAUGUGGAUUAGUAUUUUGCUCCCCAGUAAAGUCUAACCUGGACACCCCACCUGCUGCUCUGCACACACCCAACACACACCCUCGCUUGACUCGACUCGCCUCUCCUCUGCGCUGGAGGAUGAUGAUGAUUUGCGUUCUGAAUUAGACACACCCAAUAAGCAAGACAGGCCUCAUUCUUUUCUCAGGCCUACAAAGCUUUUAAGGACAAAGCUGUUGUGAAUCAGAGAUUAACAUUCUGCGCUAACGACAGGAAGGUGUUGAGUUUAAACCUGAGGACAGACAACAGAGAGACAGAGAACCACUGCUGAGAAAUUUCUUUACACUCAUCUGCUCAGUUCUGUGCUUGGAUCGGAUCCUAUAUCAUCCUCCCUGUUGCUCCAGGAUGAUUUGGAGAACAGCCCUGCACUACGCUCUAUUCUGGCUCAUCCUGGCUUUAACGUCCGGGCAGCUCACUGAUGAGCAGAAGGCCCAAAUUGUGGAUUUGCACAACCAGUACCGCUCCUCGGUCAGUCCCUCAGCUGGUAAUAUGCAGCGCAUGCUUUGGGAUAAGGCGCUAAGUCAGGUGGCUGCGAAUUACGCCGCUCAUUGCAGAUGGGACCACAACCCUAGAAUCUUCGGCAUACUCGGGGAAAACCUCUUCAUGACGCUCGGACCCCUGAUUAUCAGCCAACCGUUGAAUUUAUGGUUUAAUGAGAAUAGAGAUUACUACUUUAACAACAGAAGCUGUGCUCAAGGGAAAAUGUGUGGACACUACACUCAGAUGGUGUGGGCGAACACCACCUUCGUCGGCUGUGCUGCACAGUUUUGCGCUGAUGUUCCUAACUUUAAUGUUCAAAAUGCCACAAUCCUGGUCUGCAACUAUUACCCACCAGGUAAUAUAAUGGGACGGUCACCAUAUCAGCAAGGACCGGCAUGCGCCGCAUGUCCAAUUGGGACAAUAGGAUGCCUGAACAAUGCCUGUGAUCGAGGUACCGGUAUAACCUCAGGACUUUCAACGACCCUUAUAGCGACUUUAAGUAACACAGUAAAUCCGGCUAGCGGCACGAGCACAGGAAGUUCAGCAGGAUUUACAAAAGCCACUGCAGCUCCACUACUGCUUGCUGGUCUGACGGCCAUUUAUAUUCGAAUGACAUAA